CACACAUACACAAAUCCCUCGAAACAUUAUUCUAUACCCACUUCCCACUUUCCAUUUCAUUUUACAAUUCACCAUUCUCAUUCACUCCAAGCUCCAACAAUGGCUUCCACCUCUUGUUUCCUUCACCACCACGCCCUCACCGCCGCCGCUGCCGGAAGAUCAUCGUCUUCCCCACGCCAGGUGGCCCCACCCAAGUCUGCACAGCUGCUCGUCUGCCGUGCCCAGAAGCAGCAGGCAGCUCAGGAGGAGGACGGCGCCGUUGUCUCUCGCCGAUUGGCUCUCACCGUCCUCAUCGGAGCCGCCGCUCUUGGCUCCAAGGUUUCUCCGGCUGAUGCUGCCUAUGGAGAAGCUGCUAAUGUGUUUGGAAAGCCAAAGACCAACACAGACUACUUGCCAUACAAUGGAGAUGGAUUCAAGCUUUCAAUUCCUUCCAAGUGGAAUCCAAGCAAAGAAAGGGAAUUCCCAGGCCAAGUUCUUAGAUAUGAAGACAACUUUGAUUCCAAUAGCAAUCUUAGUGUAAUUAUCAACCCAACUGACAAGAAAUCCAUCAAAGACUUUGGCUCCCCGGAAGAAUUCCUUUCCAAUGUUGACUAUUUGCUGGGAAAACAAGCCUACUUUGGAAAGACUGCUUCUGAGGGUGGAUUCGACCCGGACGCAGUAGCAACGGCGAAUGUAUUGGAGAGUUCGGUGUUGGAAGUGGGAGGAAAGCCAUACUACUUCUUGUCUGUGUUGACAAGAACAGCAGAUGGAGAUGAGGGUGGGAAGCACCAGCUGAUCACAGCAACUGUGAGUGAUGGAAAGCUUUACAUUUGCAAGGCACAAGCAGGAGACAAGAGGUGGUUUAAAGGAGCAAGGAAGUUUGUGGAGGGUGCAGCUAGUUCUUUCAGUGUUGCUUAAAAAGAGAGAGAGCACUGUUGUUUGAUUAGUAAUGUGUGAGAAAGAGAGAGGUGUUUGUUGUAUAUUUUGGAGAACAUUACCUUAACCAAUGAAAGGGAUUGUCAAUGUUUGUGUUGAGAUGUUAAUGGCCUUUAUUUUUUGGUUCUCCAUAAAAUUGUUUGAGGAUUGGGUUAUUGAAUCUUUAAGGAGAUAUUUCUACU